AAUGCAAGAAAAGAUAUAAAGAUUUUGAGUUCAAAUUUUCGUAUAAAUUUGUGAAACUCGUUACAGAGGUGUUUAAUAAUAUAUUCGAAUCUUUCAUUCUCUCUUCUUCUGUAUCGCCUGAAAUAAUUCUGCAAGAAUUUCCCAGUUUGGUGUAUCAAUGGAGGGAAAUUCAUCUCGCCCUAGUCUCAAGCGCCGCUUCUUAGAAGAAGAAGACGACGAUUCUGUCAAACCCACUGCCCAAAAGCGAGUCAGGUUUCCAAAGGGUAAGAAGGUGAAGCCUGGAGAUGCAUUUGUGGAUAAAGGGAAAGCUGAAGAGAGCCCAAAGGAUUUAACAGACCCACGAUUUGCUGCCAAAGAGCGUGCCAAGCGGCGGAAUCAAAUGACUGCUGACCUCUUCAGUGAAGAGAAUAGAGGCCUCGUCAAUAAUAUAUCAGCGGCUGAAGUGACUUAUGAGGAUAGUGAGAACUUUGAAGCUGAUGGAAUUCAAAUAGAACCUUUCAAUUUAGACAAAGAGAGGGAAGAAGGUUAUUUUGAUGCAGAUGGUAAUUUUGUUGAAUAUGUAAAUGACAAUGAAAUCAAGGAUGCAUGGCUUGAUAAUGUCGAUGUUGAUCCAAAGUAUACUGGGAAAACCUCUACAGUAAUAAAUAAUGAAGAUGAUGUCCAAGAGCUAUCUUCUGAAGAAGUUGGAAAGAUAAAGAGACGUAUCGCUGGCCUACUUGAGCCAGGUGAAACGGUCCUUCAAGCUUUGAGAAGGUUGAAAGGAAAUUCCAAUGACCGGAAGGAAAAGAUGUCAGCUGAGAUAAAGCAUAUAUUUGACAAGUUAACUGAAGAUGCUUCGAGGCUUAUGGAUAAUGGUGAAUACAAUGUUUAUCAUGAAAAACAAGAGGUUUUUGAGCGUGAGGCAGAAGGAUACGAGACACUGGCUCGAGCAAAAGCAGGAACAUCCAUCAGCUUGCAUCAUGAAAAUUCUGACAACAAGGGAAAUGGUUUGUUGUCUGAUAUUCAAAAUCCUGCGAGUCAACCUGAAGUUGAAAUUUCCAGCAGCGGAACUGAUACAUAUGAUAUGUUUGCUGACGAUGAUGAGCAUGCGGUUCCAUCUUCUAAUGAAAAUUUAGCAGCUGAUGCCAAUGGAGUCAAUCUACAAUCUCCCAAUAAACUUAACCCUAAUUCUGAGAGUGGAGCUUCACAAAAUGACUAUGUCUAUGAUGAAUCAUCUGGGUAUUAUUACAGUAGCAGUUUGGGGUAUUAUUAUGAUCCAUCCACAGGACUCUUCUGUUCUGCAACAUCUGGGCAAUGGUACUCUUAUAACGAGGAGACUGGCACAUAUGACGAAAUCCAUGAAGCUUCUGCCACUGAUGCCAACUGAGAAAUUGGAGAGAAGGUGUUGAUGGGCAGAACUGUACAGAAUACUGAACUGAGCAACAAGUUGAAAGAUGUGAAAAUGGGGUAAAAUUGCAGUUCUAUUUGCUCUUUGUAUUGUUUUGUUGGAAUCCCAUUUGUAAGUUAAGUUAUGCUCUACAAUUGUGGCUUUACUUUGUUAUUACAUCACUGAGUUCUAUCAAAAGACUCGCUCAGCAUGGGGAAAGUGGGUCUCUAAUAGAACUUCAUUUGGUAAGUACAUCAGUCUUGUAGCUGGAUUUUGUAUUUUAAAGGCUUAGUUUUUGUUUUUGUUUUCA